AAAUUCCAUUUUUGAAUAGAAAAAAAAUGAUGAAAUUGAAACAAUUUUUCAUCAUCAAUUUUUUAUUACUAACAAUAAAUGUCGUAAUAGGCGAUACUAUCGAUGUUUCAACAUCAAUAUCAUCGAUUGUUAAUUCAACAAUGUUAAAUAAUAAUAAUAGUUAUGUGCCAGUUAAAGAAAAUGGAAAUUCAACAACGAUCAACAAUGAAUCAUCAUCAUCAUCAUCAUCAUUGACGAAUGUUACCACCGAUAGUAAUGCAAAUGUAUACAAUGGUAUCGUUAUUGAUAAUAAAGAUCCACUUGAAGUGAAUGCUCAACAACAGAAUCCAUUUUUGGCUAAUCGAAUGAGUGGAGGUGGUGGUGGUGGUAUCAAUCCACAAAUAGCAAUGAUAUUACGGAAUAAUCCACGUUUACAAUUACUUGCACAACAGAAUCCGGUUAUGGCACAGCAAAUAAUGAGAAAUCCACAGUUAUUACGUGAUCCAAUUAUUCAAAGAGCUAUUCAAUCACAAUUAUCACCAGGACAGCAACAAGGUUUACUAGGACAAAUUGGCCAACUUGGAUUGAAUGGUCUGAAUGGUCUUGGACGUGCUCUUAAUCCACUUGGUUUGAAUCCAUUGAAUCCAAUGAACAACAAUAAUAAUAAUAAUAAUAACAACCGCAACAAUAUCAAUCGGAUGAAUCAGAUGAACAAUCGGAAUCAACAAAAUUUUGGAUUGCCACAACAGCGACAUCCACAGAAUUUUGGUCAAGUCAAUCCAAACCAUCAAGAUAGGCUCAAUGGAGGUUAUUACGGUGGUAAUGAUAAUUAUGCAAAUCAAACACCAGCACCAGAAACAGAAAAUGAAAUUGAUGAUGGAUCAUCACAUGGUGAUGAAGAUAGUGAAAAUCAUGUUGAUCCUGGACAACAAGAUUAUGGUGGUGGUGGUGGUGGUGGUGAUGACAAUGGUGCCGGUGCUGGUGAUGAUUCACAACAAAAUCCAGCUGAUGAUCCAGAUAUACAACAAUUACAAAAUUUUGGUGGUCCUCUCAAUGAUAAUUUUCCUGAAGGACUAUUUCCACCUGGUCUAUUAUCUAAAGAAGAUAUAGCUGAAAUUCGUCGUCAACAAGAAAAACAACAACAGGAAGAAAUGGAACGUGAACGUCGUAGACAACGGCAACCGAAUCAUCAAUCAACAAGUCCAGAUUAUGAUAAUUCAGGUUCUGGUGAAAAUGAAAAUGGUGAUGGUAGUGAACAUCAAGAUGCUGAAUAUCCUGAAGGUGCUGGUGAUGGUGAACAACAACAACAUAAUGAUCAUGAUGGUGAAAAUAGUAGUAGUAAUGAAAAUCAUCAUGAUGAUGAUCAAUCACAUAAUAAUAAUGAUGUUAAUGGUGGCCAUAUAAUCGAUACAACACCAUUACCACCUGCAUAUAAAAAUGCUUAUCAACCAAUACAGCCACAAUAUCGUAAUCAUCCACAUCGUAAUCAUAUGCAACCUAUUAAUGAAUAUCACAGUGUUCCCGGUCAACAUAAUCAUCAUUCGAAAAAUCAAUUCAAUCAACAACAACCACCAAAUGUUGAAUAUGAUCCAAAUCAUGGCCAAUAUCAUCAUGGUCAUCCUCAUCAUCAUCAUAAUUAUAAUCAUCAACAUCCAAUGGGUUAUUCUGCAACCACUUUUGCACCACCAAUAACAACAUCAAAUCCAGGUGUUCAUUAUGAUGAAACAGAUGAUUUUAAUGAUUCAAAUAUGUUGAAUAGAGGUGGUGGUAGUGGUGGUGGCUAUCAUAAUCGACAACCAUUUAAUGGUGGUUAUUAUCGAAAUCAACCAAAUAUCCAUAAUAAUCAAAAACCAUUGAUUUCUAGAUCAAAAACAUUACAACAACAAUGGCCAGGAUCACAACAACAAUAUCCAUUAUCAACAUUGAAUAAUAAUGAUGAUGAAUUACGACGAUCAUCAUUAUUACAGAAUGAUGAUGAUGAUGCAACGAAUCCGGAUAAUAUGCCAAUGAGAUCACCAGGUUUAUAUUCAAAUUUUAUGAAUAAUCGUCGUAAUAAUCAAUAUCGACCAGAUAGAAUGAUGGAUAGAAAUCGUGGAUUGAUAUCGCAACCACGUGGAUUCUGAUUAGUUGCUAAAUUUGUUCAUAUUUUUUUACAUAAUCAUUUUUAUUCACUUUAUUGCCGUCCAUCCACCGAAACCAAUCAAAUAUUGAUGCCAAUUAGGCUUGUAAUUUAUUUAUCACAUUAUUUCGCGCUUGAAAAAUGUAAUAAAAUUCAAAUUCAUAUUUUGA